AUUUGAAUUGCUUAUACGGUCUGCAACUACUAUGGAUUUAGAGACAGAAUUAUUUAUCUCUUAUUCCUCUCCAGAAGUAUAUAAAGCAGACAUAGAUACCCUUCCAUUUGAAGAAGUUUUACAGACCUAUUGUGAAAUUCUUGAAGGUUCUUCAUUUUCUGAUGCUGAGUCAGUUCUAGUUUUUUAUGUCACAACUAUUGUUGAGCCAGUUGGUUGGAAAGCUGUAUGGAGGUCGACUAAAAAGUCAUCAAUAUUAGAUUCUGAAUAUGAUUUUGUUGUUGAGGUGGUUAAUGUAAGCUUAGAAAAAUUAGAAGCUGAUAUUUAUGUAAAGUCUAUCAUUAUUGGGAAUUCCACUGAAAUACCCGAUUUAAAAAAAGUGAAAUUCGAUCGUUUGCUUACAGUUCCAUUAGUAGAACUGUAUACUAUAAGUGAAGAUGAUGAGGAAGAAUUAUAUGCAAAAACUGCUGUUGCUAUUGAACGUGUAAGAUUUUUUUAUAACCAUUUAUCACGGCCUUGGGAUGGCGAAGAGGAUAUUAAAUAUAGUGAAGAAGUUCUUAAGCCCCGUUUGCAGCUCUACUUUGAUAUGAAGAAUAAUGUUUUACCGAAAGCUAUGACUGCUAAAAUAAAUUCAAUUCUCAAAGAAGGUUGGAGAAUCUUGGAUGACUUGAAGUCUCUCUAUACAGAUAUGAAUAUAAGUGAUUCAGAAGCCGAAAUCAACGAGGAAGACCUGUUGCAAUCUAUGUCUUUGAGAGCAAAACUUUCAGAAUUUCAACAAAAAAUGGAAAUAAUAGAAAAUCCCAUCUUAAGAUCUUUUGUGAUGAAAAAAUAUGUUCCCAGUAAAUCCAGACAACAGCCAAAAACACAACCUGUCGUCUUUGUUGUUGCCAAACAAUUUACUUAUGACAUGAUUAUGAAUUUGCCAGUUGGCCUUACAACUAUAUUAGAGUUUGAACACAGUCCUGAAGCUGCUUUCAAAUUAAGUUCUUCCGGUGAUAAGAUCCUAAUUUUCCCAGGAGUUUACCAGUGUGAUUCUUUGGGUUGGUUAGAAGGAAAUAUAUUAGUACAAGGUUUGGGGAACUGCAGUGAUAUUGUAGUUGAAGCAACUGGCAAUAGUGAAGUUUUUGUUAACUGUUGUGCACAGAAUUUGAAAAUUGAAAAUAUCUCAUUGAAAGCAAAGAAAGGACUCCUAAGUGUUCUUGUUGUACAUCAUGGUAGAUUAAAUUUAAAUAACUGCAUAGUAGACAGCAAUAAAGCUGAUAUUGGUCUGCUGCUGCUUGGAGGAGCAGAGGUUUUCCUGGAAGACUGUGUUGUCUGCAAUUCUUUAGAAGAUGGCAUACAAAUGAGAUCUUUAACCAGUUUUCAAAUGAAGACUUCAAAAAUCACCGAUUGUGAAAGGCAUGGCAUUCAAAUUGAUGCUGAAGAUUUAAAUUCUGCAGAUAGUUUUACAGAGCUGAGUAUAUUAUCAUCUCAGAUAACAGGUAAUGGUGGUCAUGGCAUAUUAUUAAAUAAUGUGCCAAUAAAUGAAAUUGCUCUACAAAGGCCUGAAGGUGAAUUUUCAGUUCUGAAAUUAUUUCCUUGGUUAAAAUACCAAAUAGAAGACACUGUAAUGGAAAAUAAUGAGGAAUCAGGCAUUGGAAUAUCUUCGUCAUACAACGAUAAUAAAACUGCAUCUGCUACAAAAGCUAUUCCAAGCUAUCCUGAAGAUGAAUUGAACUAUUCAAAUUUAAGUGAUCUUUUAAAUGAUAUAAAUUUAAGUUUAACAAAGGAAGAGGAGUCAGCUUUGUGAUAAUACACUGUAAUAAAUUUUUAUGUAAUAUUUGAAAAAUUUAUUAGUGGUAAUCUUUGCAUUUCAACAUUUUAUGCAUGUAUUAUUUCCAGUUUGCUUAUUUUUUAGCAGUCAUGUAGGUUUUAAUUUAUUUUGUACAAUCAAAUAUAUGUAUAGAAACACAAAAUAUAUUGAAAUUAUAAUUUUUUUUAAUUAAAUGUAGCAAAUUUUUGCAGCUUAUGUUUGCUGUGAUACAUAUUUUUGUGAGAAAUUGUAUAUGCAACAAUUUUACAUAAUAAAUUAUCUGUCGCAUAUCAUUUUCAGUGUUUGGGAAACCUAAAAUUGUUUUUAUAUAAAUAUUUUUACUGUUAAAAGAGUAUAUGAAAUGUAUAAUUUUAUUUUAAUGAAUAGCUUGACAGCUUAUGUAUUUAGAUCUGUAGUAUCGUAUGAUUGUGAAUUUUUUUUUAAAUGCGAAAUAUACGAUGUUUAUU